CAUUUUUAAACAUAACGAACAUUCAAUGGUAAUCAACGAACCCCAGCGGAGCAGCGUUUCCCUCAACCAGUGCGUGUCGUAAAUUGUUUCGGAAUACAAAGUGUAUUAUAAACUUUCUCCCUCUACGCGCAUCAUAGUAGCGAAAUCGUGUCAAUUCUCAUGAAAGCAUUUUACCUCAUACUGCGACGAUAUCAGUGUUUGGACAAUGAAGACAAUGCGGCAGAAAACACCUUUGAAGGUAUUGCCGAAGUCGGCUAUCAAAAGUCGUGGAAAUUCUGGCAACAACUUGGGAAAAGAUCCUGUCCAAGUGUACUGCCGCGUUCGACCGCCACCAUGCGAGUCCGAUCUUACUUGUUUGCGCGUCACCGAUCCUCAUACGGUCGUUUUGACACCCCCGGAAAUAGCCAUCAACUAUAAGAUCGCCAAUCUGAAGGAAACGCAGUACAUCUUUAAGCGCGUGUUCGACGACGCCGUGCGCCAGCAUGAGGUGUACGUGAGUGUGGCGCAGCCGCUCGUGGAGGGACUGAUUCGUGGCCGAAAUGGGCUGCUGUUCACGUACGGUGUCACUGGCAGCGGCAAAACGUACACUAUGACCGGCGAUUUACAGCAUCGCGGCAUCAUGCCGCGCUGUUUGGAUGCGCUGUUCCGCACCAUUGCGGACUAUCAGGCCAAAAAGUACACAUUCAAGUCGGAUCGGCUGAAUGGAUUUGAUAUACUGACCGAGGCAGAGGUAUUGCUCGAGCGGCAGGCCGAAUUGAACGCCAAGUUGACCAAAUCCACGAGAAAGAAGGACCUAGACCAGGAGGUGGCGUCUCAAGUUUCGGUGGAGCCGUCCGAAAUCAGUGGAAUCGAGGAGGACAACAUUUACGCCGUGUUUAUAAAUUAUGUGGAAGUAUACAACAACAGUGUGUACGAUUUGUUAGAAGAAACCACCGUUCAAAAGACGCUGCAGAGCAAAAUGGUUCGCGAAGAUGCGCAACACAAUAUGUUUGUGCACGGUGUGACGGAGGUGGAGGUUAAAUCCGUUGAGGAGGCACUAGAGCUGUUCCAGAUUGGCCAAAAGCGGAAGCGCAUGGGACACACGAUUCUUAAUGCCGAAUCCAGUCGAUCCCAUUCCGUUUUUACCAUCCGCCUGGUUCAAGCCCCGGUUGACGUGCAAGGAGAGAACGUGGUGCAGGAUCGUAACGCCAUUACCGUGAGUCAACUUUCGUUGGUAGAUUUGGCCGGCAGCGAGCGCACGAACCGGACGGGCAACACUGGACAGCGGUUGCGUGAGGCUGGCAACAUCAACAACAGCUUGAUGACUCUGCGAACAUGUUUGGAGAUCUUGCGCGAAAACCAGCAAACAUGCGGCGGUAAGAAGGUGCCGUACCGUGAUUCGAAGAUUACCCACCUGUUCAAGAACUAUUUCGAUGGCGAAGGCCAGGUGCGGAUGAUUGUGUGCGUGAAUCCGCGUGCCGAAGAUUACGACGAAACGGCCCAGGUGAUGAAGUUCGCGGAAAUGACGCAGGACGUACAAAUAGCACGACCCACACCGAUGAAGGUCGACAUGGGCCUUACGCCCGGGCGCCGUAAGGCCAAUCAGUUGUUUAAGAUGGCCAUUGGCGAUAUGGCCGAAAGGAACCACCAGCACCACGUUCAUACACCGUUCGCUGGCGCCACCGAAUCCAACGGUGAUCGCAUGGAGUUCGAUCUUGGGCUGGUGUACAGUCUGGAGCCGUUCGUGGCAGACAUGAAGCUAGGAUCGGCCGAAAGCGACGAGCUCGUGCGGAAGCUCUCCGAAGUGUUAGAGUUAAGAAUUCAAAAGCGCAAACUGCUCCGCGAAGACUUUAAUGCCCGCCAGAAUCGACUGCGCAUGAAUAUGCACAAGCUGGAGAGUGAUAAUUUGUCGCUGCGUACCGAAAACACUUCAUACAAGGGAGUGCUGGCGCAGAACAAGCAGAAAAUCAUCGCGCUCGAGAACAAGGUCGUAGUUUACGAGAGUUCGAUUGACGAUUUGAACCGUCGCAACCGGCAACUGGAAGAGCGCGUGCGGGAACUGCAGACGCAGCUCAACCAGAAGACUCAGCUCGUGAGCCAAAAGGAGCUCGAAAAGGAACGCCAGCGCAAGAAGUUCACGUCCAAGAUAGCCGUCGAAUCGGAGAAGAUGAGCCGCGAGCUCGAGAUAAAGCUGAUGGAGCAGAAAAACAAACUGCAGGACGAAAUGCGGGACAAGGAGGAGCGUCUCCGGCUGGUGUCGGAAAUCAUUCAGGGCACGCCAAUCGCAGCGCGUGGUCGCUCGAGCAGCGUCGAUAAAGAUUUCCACAAGCUGGAGUCAACGCCGAACGUAAAGUCGCUGGUGUCUGUGUACGCUACGCCGCGCGGAUCGAGGCCCGGCACGGCAGUUGCAAACGGUAGACAUCGACGAUCGCGCUCGACCGGUGAACGAUGGCUGGAACAUCGUGCUGCUAAUCCCGUCCCACUGGGAACCAUUCUGCAGCCGUACUAUUGCAACUCCAAGUCCGUCACCAAGCUCACCGACAAGGAUGUGCUAGCCCAGAAGACUACCAAGUACUGUCUGAUAUCGCAGGAUGCCGACACUGAAGGUGAGCUGGAAACGAAGCUGUACAAGGGCGACGUGAUCCCUACCAGCGGUGGAGGUGCGCAGGUCGUGUUCAACGAUGUGGAGUGUCUGAAACAGUAUUCCCCCACCAAGACGCCACCAAGUCGGAAGCGUUCGAGCAACUUCGUUACCCCUAGCGCUCCACCGCUGAGCGAGAUCCAGAACACAAAUUCCAAGUGUAGUACGGCGAUCGAGGGACAUUCUGCUGCAGCGGGGCAACAUAAGCGGUCGAAGCAUUGACGAUUUAGAUUGUCUGAGAAGGUCGAUAAAGGCCGAUUACAGACGAAUUAUGUGUGCACAAAUUCGUUUCGUUUUUAUUAGAAUUCACUAACGUUAUGUACUUUUUUUUCUUUUUAACAUUACCAUCAUUGCUUGAUUAAUAAACAUUCUUCUUACCCAGAA